AUGACUCAUCGAGUUAGCAUCAACAGAUCCAGUAAUGUGCCAAGUCAUGUGAGAGGCUGUACGCAUGGAAGCAAACAAUCUCUGAAGCCGGAAUUUAGUGAUCUAAUAGGUUAUCACUUGAAGCCAUCACACUUGUCUCUCCCAAACUCUCUGAGCUUUUCCUUUGGUACAAUUCACCAUAGGAAAUCAGUCAUUUCGGUUAACAAGUGGCAAGUUUCUGCUCAAGCUUCAUACAGGGAUGAAAGAGCAAACAGUGCAGGUGUCUUCAUUGGGGGCUUUGUUUUGGGAGGACUAAUUGUUGGAACUCUUGGCUGUGUAUUUGCUCCUGAGAUUAGCAAAGUUAUUACUGGAGCUGACAGGAAGGAUUUGAUGAGGAAGUUACCAAAAUUUAUUUAUGAUGAAGAGAAGGCCUUGGAGUGGACAUGGCUUUAUGCCAGCUAUGUGAAAGAGCUCGUGACUGAUGAUAGGGUCACCGUUGCAACACUUGUAGACCUGACAUUAAACUUGUUUUGA